AUGUCAAUUCAGGGAGAACUAUUGGUCAAAAUGGAUAGAAUAAUUGAUGCUGGGCCUAAAGGCAAUUAUUGCCGAUUUAUGAACCACAGUUGUCAGCCCAAUUGUGAAACACAGAAAUGGACAGUGAAUGGAGACACUCGAGUUGGGUUGUUUUCUCUUUGUGAUAUCCCAGCAGGGACUGAGCUGACCUUCAAUUACAAUCUUGACUGUCUUGGCAAUGAGAAGACCAUCUGUAGGUGUGGGGCACCAAAUUGCAGUGGAUUCCUCGGGGUCAGACCCAAGAAUGCAAGUAAUGGUUCCGAUGACAAAGGAAAAAGGGGGAGAAAGAAAAUACGGAAACGGAAAUCUAAGGGUGAUGGGAAAAAAGAGCAUGAGGAUGAAUGCUUCCGGUGCAGAGAUGGUGGAGAACUUGUACUUUGUGAUAGAAAAACUUGUUCAAAGUCAUAUCACCUAUCCUGCCUCAGUCUUACAAAACCUCCAUUUGGAAAAUGGGAGUGCCCGUGGCACCACUGUGAUGUCUGUGGAAAACCUUCUGUAGUUUUUUGUCAAUUCUGCCCCAACUCUUUCUGCAAGGAUCAUGAGGAAGGAACAAUGUUCAAGUCCACAACUGAUGGACGUGCUUGCUGCUGCGAACAUGACCACUGCAACAUGGCAGAACCUCUGGAACGAUGCAAAAAUCCGGAGACCAAUCCUUCUCAGAAUGAGACAGUGAAGUUAGAGUCCAAGAAUCCCAAAACCACCAAUUAUACGCCAAUUGAAAAAGCACAGUGAAUUACUUGAACUGUAGACAUUAUUGGGAAUUGAUGUUAAUUGAUGAAUACUAUCACAAGCACUCAACACAACUUGUCAUACAAAGGACUGUUUGCAGGGAAAGGCACUCUUGAUUCUGCUGAGCCAUCUCCAGCAGUUCUUAACUGCAUCUGCACUGAUAAUUCAAGACUGUGACUCCAGAAUUCACAGUAUCCAGGACAGCAAAACUACACAGCAUUAUAUCAACACUGGGAAUCUUUCAUGAAACUGUCCCUCCUAUAAAAUAUUGAAAAUAGGAGAUAGAUUUAAAAGACCAAAAUACAAAGUGGGAUUGAAAGUAAAAAAUAAUAGCAUUUAUCAGUCAUUAAAAGUGUUAGAAAUAUGAUACUGAAAAAAAUGACACUAUUAGUUGCUCUUCAUUGUGUUUGUAUGCCUUAGUGUAGUUUACAUUAAUAGUUCAGUAUCUUUUGUAACUCUGCUGGUCUUCUUUGCAGUGCAUAGAUAAUCACUCGUUCAGUGUUUUGAAAUACCUUCUCUUCAGGGCUGUUUGAACCGUUUAGUUGUGUGGCUGCAGGGAUUGCAACUGUAUUACUGUAACCAGUAAAUGCAGCAAUUUGUAGGUAUUUUACUGGAAAAACUCUGGUCAGGCAAUUUAUUUAAAACAAUUGUAAUAAUAGCAAAUUUUGUUUAAUCAGUUAUGUCCCAACCUGUGAACCGUGUUCACCUUAAUUGAAAAUAAUUUAGAGUAGUGUUUGUUUUUUUGGUUUUUUUUUGUUCAUCAGUUGGAGAUUCUCAGAGCUUUCUCAACUUUUGUUGUUGCAACAUCCUAUGAGAAAGAAACCAACUGUUUAUAGAUCAUUGUGUUGAACCCUUUUAAGAGCUGGUCGUAGAGUUUAGCCUCUACUUUUCUUAACUUUUGUACUGUGUAUUCCCAAACUACUUUUGUAACCCUCUCAAGGGUCCAAGAGUAGCCAGUAUGCAGCAGAAAAGCUACCAAAUUUACUAGUGUUGCAUGACUGCCAGCUUGAGAAUUCCUCUAGGGACAACAAAUGAAAUUCUUUGGUGGGUUGUGAGAUGAAAACAAAAUAUGUUGCAUCACUGAAUGAUGAAUGACUUUUCAUCUCAUUGACUCUAUACACUAUUCCACUGUUGCUGUCACAUUGUAUUAUUGCUUAGGUCAGAGUGUGCUAUUCUGUAAAACUUUUUUAUUUGAAUUUACUGGAUGAAGUUUGGGACACUUGCAAUUCAAAUUCACUGAGCACAAAAUGUCAGUUGCCAAAGCCAGAACUGAAGAUCCACUACUGCCGAUUCAUGUAAUCUGUUGUAUUAGGGAGCAUAACUUUUCCCUUCUACAGUGUCUGCCUCGACAGUAAGGAAAAUGAUUAAUCUAAAGCAACAUUCCAAGGUUGAACAGCAUCUCUCUUAGAUUAUUUUGUUGUUUGGGUCCGUACUGGUGAAAUUGUUUCCUAUCCACAAUAUCUGAUAGUGCAGUUAUUUUUGGUUCAGAAUCAAGCCAGUCAAAAUUAGUUGUAAAUUAAUAUCUGGCUUUUGAUUUCAACUCCAUUGUGCACUUUGCAGCCAACAACGUUGAUUGGUUUUAUUAUCCACCCCUAUGGAAAUACUCAGGACGGUGCUCUUCUUUUCUGGAUGGUUGUGAGCAGUACCGUUAUGUUAACAAUUUUGUGUACUUGUAAUAGUCUAACUAUGUACAGUUAGUUUUAGUGCAGAAAAUAAUUGUACUGUUGAAAAAAAAUGUUUAUACUUGCAGCGUGAAGCAACUAAUAGUGAUUGGAGUACUGUGGGAGACUGAAUUAAGUGCUGCAUGCAUUAGUCGGCUCAAAGUAAUAGUGUUUAGAAUUUACCCCUAAAGGUAUAAAGCAGGAUCCUGAACUGAAAAUAGUUUUGAAUUUUCAAGGUAAGGGCAGACUGAAUAAGAUGUUUAAGAGGAGUUUUUCAAAUUUUUGACUCCAGUUUUAAGUGAAUUGAUGCCAGUACAAUUACAGGGAAUUCAGUUUUGGAAUAAAAUCAACCAAGUAGCUCCUGUUGUACAACAUUGGUCUUAGCAGUGUUAGGAUUUUUGCAUCCAAAAGUAAACUACGCCUGGUUUUCAAGUCAAUAUUUCAUCACUUGGCCAGGCUACCAGACUUUUUUGAAACUGAAGAUGUAACUGUUUAUGCAAACUUAAGAUGACAAUGGGCAUGUACUUCCUAUCAAAUAUGCAUUCAUUGUCGAUGUGACAAAUAUAACUAUAUUUCUGACUAUUCAUAGAUAUUGGACAGAAAAUUUAUGCUCAGCUAAAUCAUGGUGAUGCAUUGAAUAACUACAGUAUGAUUUUGCUCAGGAUUUGAAAAUGGCUUGUGACUGAGUUUAGUCCGUAAGCAGUUGUGUUUGCAGUAACUUCAGUUUGAUCGGUGAAAAUAUUUUAUUUCUUGUGAAGUUAAAAGGUAAAUUUUCAGAGAAAUGUUAUGAGCUGAAGUUUAUGUAAAGCAGGCAUUGCAUCUUGCAUUGGGAACCAAUUUUGAUGCCUGAAACGGGUGUCAGGUCCACUAGAUAGGUAAAUGAGGUUUAACAACUCUUGCUGUCCAAUUUGUGCAAAAGGAUCAGAAAUGAGCAAGAUAGGCAAUAGACUUUACUGGUUUAGGUUUCUUCAGCUGCUAAGUAAUGGUGAGUUCCUUCAGAAAACUUCUUUGAAUGCAAGAAUAAAGAGUCCCGUUUGGGGGUCCCUCCUGCUUGCACAGUGCCAAUUCUUAAUUUGAUGUGCCCAGACAAGUUUCCCCCCAAAAGAUCUUAUGCGUGAAAUUGGUUUUUGCCAGAAGUGUAAAACAUGUUCAAGUUGUCAGCCACUAUCAAAAAACUAAGUUCUGAGCUCUGACCGCUGUACUGAAUAGACCAAAUUUCACCCAUUAUAUUUAACAUGUUUGAACUUAGCCUAGUGUUGAAACUGUUGUGAUAAUUAGACUUUUACAAAAUUGGUACUAUUGGGAUUUUAUUUGAAGUUCACUUGAUUCAGCUAAGCUUGAAUAUAUACUAUAAUAUCUCUAAACUGGUUUAUAAAUGUUUAAAUCUAAGCAACCAGACAACAACUAAGUGUCUUGAGUUCAUGGUCUUAUUGAUGGGACAUUACGUACUGAAGCUGCUGUAUGCUUUUUUUUCCACUGUGCACCUCAACAAGAUUUUAUUUUUUGAAAUUUUGUAUUAAAAAUUUGCUUACUUA